AUGCGUACUGCCCCACCGCGAUUUACAGACUCCCCAAACGCACGCUCCAAGUCAAUCACAACUGCAGAAGGCCGCGACACGUACGGAAUUUUAAACCAGCAUUCAGUUGGUAACACCGCAUUCCAAGUAGGUGUAUCUGAAGAUAAGGGUACGCGCAGAUACAUGGAGGAUGCGCACUCUUUUGUCGUCGACUAUGCCGGCGUCAGAGGCCAAGGCUUUUUUGCCGUCUUUGAUGGGCAUGCAGGCAAGCAUGCAGCUGAGUGGUGCGGCCAGCAUUUCCACGAGUAUCUUCUCAACGCACUCCGCACCUCCCGAUCCACCACCAUUCCAGACAUUCUCAAUGAGACGUUCCAUACUGUGGAUAGGCGUCUCUCUCACCUUUGCGAAGAAUCCGAUGGAAAGAUCCAUUCCGGUUGUACCGUAGCAACUGCUUUCCUCCGCAUCGAGGAUGAGUAUGGUCGCCAACCCUUCCUCAAAUCUCCGCCAACCACCCCUGAACACAAUCGGAACCACUCCAGCGGAUCUGAUUCACAUAGUGGAGAGUCGGGCGAGGAAACAGGUCCGUCGGGUGCCAAGAAUCACAAAAAGACGAAGACGGACCUCCCACCUCACCCAUCCCAGCCCGCGACCUCUCCACCGUCGUCUCCUCCGGUUAUCACCCCUCCACGUUCGUGUAGACGCGUGCUUUAUACUGCAAAUGCGGGCGAUGCGCGCGCUGUGCUUUGUCGCGCAGGCAAAGCUGUACGUCUCACAUACGAUCACAAGGGGUCCGACAAACAGGAAGCGAAACGCAUCACGGACGCAGGCGGUUUUGUGAUGAGCGGACGCGUUAAUGGUGUAUUGGCGGUGACGAGAAGCUUGGGUGAUUCUUCGAUGAAAGAGUUCGUCGUUGGGUCCCCUUAUACAACGGAGACACAGUUCUUGAUCCUGGCCUGCGACGGCUUGUGGGACAUUACUGGUGAUCAAAGCGCAAUUGACCUUGUGCGUCAUAUCGAGGACGCACAAGAAGCCAGCUAUACACUCGUGCAGCACGCAUUGUCGCGUCUGACCAAUGAUAACGUCACAGUUGUCGUCGUCCGCUUCAGGAAACCUGCGAAGCGUAGCAGCAGUCGAUAG